GAGGCAAACAGCCGGUUGGAGAGGUCAUCACCGUCUUUACCACAGCAGCAGCACGGACAGACGGCUCUCUCCAUCUCCAUCCGUGCCUGCAGAGCGGGCUGUCUCCACACUUUUAAAACACCAUGAACAGGCCCAUCGUGCUAGUGACCUUCUGGUAACAGUCCUGAAAAUGCCCUAUGCGAGCUGCUCUGUGCUAGAAGAUGGCGGAGUCGGAUGGUGGGGAUUUUGCUUCGAAGCAUCCGCAGAACAGUAUGGCUAACAAGAAUAGCACCCUGCGCUGUACUUUCUCAGCCCCAAGCCACAGUGCCACCCUCCUUCAGGGCUUGUCGGUCUUGCGGGCUCAGGGCCAACUACUUGACGUCGUGCUGGCCAUCAACGAGGAGCGCUUCCAGGUCCACAAAGCUGUGCUGGCUGCCUGUAGUGAUUACUUCAGAGCAAUGUUUACCGGAGGCAUGAGGGAGUCAAAUCAAGAUACCAUUGAGCUGAAGGGUUUGUCUGCCCGUGGGCUGAAACAUAUUAUCGACUUUGCCUACAGCGCAGAAGUCACAUUAGACCUGGACUGUAUUCAGGAUGUGCUCGGAGCAGCUGUGUUUCUUCAGAUGGUCCCAGUCGUGGAACUCUGUGAGGAGUUCCUCAAGUCAGCGAUGAGCGUGGAGACCUGCCUGCACAUUGGCCAGAUGGCCACCACCUUCAGCCUGUCUUCCCUCAAGGAGUCAGUGGAUGCCUUCACCUUUCGUCACUUCCUCCAAAUCGCUGAGGAGGAGGACUUUCUGCACAUUCCCAUGGAGCGCCUUGUCUUCUUCCUGCAGAGCAACAAACUCAAGAACUGUAGUGAGAUCGAUCUCUUCCACGCUGCCAUCAGGUGGCUCCAGUAUGACGAGUCUCGCCGGGCUACUGCCAGCAGCGUUCUCUGCCAUGUCCGGUUCCCACUCAUGCGCUCCUCCGAGCUGGUGGAUAGUGUUCAGACGGUGGACAUCAUGGUGGAGGAUGUGCUGUGCCGCCAGUAUCUCCUCGAGGCCUUCAAUUACCAGAUCCUUCCCUUCCGACAGCAUGAGAUGCAGUCCUCGCGGACACUCAUUCGUUCUGACGUCAUGUCACUCAUCACAUUCGGUGGCACGCCGUACACUGACAACGACCGCACAGUGAGCACCAAGGUGUACUAUCUCCCUGACAUCACUUCCCGCCAGUUCAAAGAGCUGACAGAGAUGGAGACGGGCUGCAGCCAUGCUUGCGUUGCCGUUCUUGACAACUUUGUGUAUGUUGUUGGUGGACAGCACUUACAGUACCGCAGCGGCGAGGGCGCAGUGGACAGCUGUUUCCGGUACGACCCACACUUGAGCCAGUGGCUGCGUAUCCAACCCAUGCAGGAGGCCCGUAUUCAGUUUCAGCUCAACGUGCUACAUGGACAGCUGUAUGCCACCGGAGGGCGCAAUCGAUCUGGCAGUCUGUCAUCUGUGGAGUGUUACUGCCCAAAGAAGAACGAGUGGACGUAUGUGGAACCAUUAAAACGAAGGAUUUGGGGUCAUGCAGGGACUCCCUGUGGAGAAAAGCUGUAUAUCUCAGGGGGUUAUGGCGUCUCGCUGGAUGACAAGAAAACUCUUCACUGCUAUGACCCAGUAUCAGACCAGUGGGACUUUAGAGCUCCCAUGAAUGAACCCAGAGUACUGCAUGCCAUGAUCAGCACCAGGGAUCGGGUUUAUGCUCUGGGCGGUCGCAUGGACCAUGUGGACCGCUGUUUUGAUGUGCUGGCUGUCGAGUAUUACGUUCCAGAGAGCGACCAGUGGACCACUGUCAGUCCCAUGAGAGCAGGGCAGUCUGAGGCAGGCUGCUGCUUAUUGGACAGGAAGAUCUACAUCGUUGGAGGCUACAACUGGCACCUGAACAACGUCACAAGCAUCGUACAGGUGUAUAACACGGAGACAGAUGAGUGGGAGAGGGAUUUGCAUUUCCCAGAAUCUUUUGCCGGCAUCGCUUGUACACCGAUUAUACUUCCACAAAACACCACACAACGCUAACUGUCUGACCUGUGACUGUGAAGGUUUUAUUCCAUGUGCUCUUUCUGCCGACCAUUGAGUCAACACAAGGUGUGAACAUAAUGUAAGCUAUUUUUAUGUGUGUAUGUGUUAGUGUGUGUGUGUUUCUUUGAGAGAAUGACCUGACACCUACUAAGCAGCAUUGCACAGAAUUGUAUUAUUUUUUUAUCCUUGUUCUGGGUAAGAUGUGUCUAAUCAAAAGGCAGACGUUUGUUGAACAAAUUGUAAUUUGAAAACUCUAAACGGUUUUUACUUUGGGACAUGUUUAUGUUUAUGAUACAGAAACUAUUAAGAAACAACAAAGGUUUUGACAGUUUGUCAGUAUUUACAAAGCUUUUAGCAAGGUGAUGUUCAGAGUAACUUCCCAAUUGAAUUCAAUAAUGGAUUGAUUGGUUUAUUAUUACCAGUCUGAUUUUCAGUCAGUCAUGACUAUAUAAUCCAUCUUUUUUUUAUAAUAUAUGAUCAAUCUUUGAUUAUUGUACACUUUCCCAUUUGGAAAACAACAUCAUUGGCAAAUGAAAUGAAAAGAUAUAUAGUCCCUUUUCUUCCAAAAUACCAUUAGCAAAACGCACUUGUUAGCACAAAAUUAUUAAUAAUUCAAUUUGUAAAAGUGUUACAGUUUUACCAAUGAAGGUCUUAAGUUGUAGACAGCACAACUAGGCUCUAUGAUUUUGUCCCAUCAUUUUAUCAGACUAAGUGUGACUUACAAAAUCUCAUUUUUGAAUGAAAGUCUGAAGUCAAAAUUUGCUGUGCAAAGGUGUUAAGAGACUCAACUUUAUAUUCUUAGACAUUUUGAUUGUACAGUUGUGAUUUUUUUUUUGAUUUGUUGUUUUAUUAUUUAAACAACCAAGAUAACUGGAAAUCUUACUGUUUUUAUGUUUCCUCAAAUGUACUAAUUCAACAAACCACAAUGCACAGACUUGAUUGCACAAAUAAACACUGUUAGCACUAUAAACGCUUUUAGUAUUGGAUGUCUCAACUUUGAAUCAGUUAUCCACAUUAUGAUGUUAAUGUUUUUUUGUUUGUUUGUUGUUAAUUGCUACUGUCCUCAUGCUUCCUCAGCUUCCUCCCCCUAGACGUACCAUUGUGGACCUCUUAAGGCAGCUACAUAAAUCAAUGUAUGUGUCCAUGAGAAUGUCAGUGUGUGCAGCUGCUUUUUAUGUUAACCAAGUGCUACAUGCUGCAUUCAGUACAUUCUUUUGUCCAUAAACUUCAUUAACACAGUAACAUUUAACAUCGCAGGGGGUAAUUUUCCUUUUUUAAAAAGAAGCUGAGCUGUUGCUCAAACCUGCACAAAUCUCUAAUUUACUUGGGAAACAUGCUCUAACUAUCCUUUUGUCAUGGCUGAUACUGGCUCGUGUUUUUGUUUGACUUCAUUGCUGCACUUUUCAGAGCAGUGAGACAUUAGACAUCUGACUCUGCUGCUGAAAUUAUCGAUGUACUUAAUGUGUGUAGGAUGAAGCAAGCUUAAAGUUUUUUAUUUCUUUUUAAAAGUGACCAUCUGUAUGGGUGGUUCUCAAGCUGGGGGGUUGUGAGAUGUGACAAAGAGGGUGCAGACAGUUUCCACGUGAUCACUGAGUUUGCAUGGGGAUGUUGUGAGUCCCAAUACUAACCUUAUCAUUCUGGGGGUCAUGACUCGAAAAGGUUGAGAACCACUGAUCUAUAUGAUGGCAAGGAGUGUCCACCUUAAGACUGUCUCCUGUUUGCCUUAGUGUGUCUUGUCUUGUUUGACUUGUACCAGUAAAAGCACAUUAUAUUGUUGAAGUGUAAUAUAAAGGAAACUGCUGUAGUCUAAGGGGAAUGUAGACAUUUGUGUAGCUUUAUGUGCAUCCUUUAU